UUAAGCAUACCACAAAAGCAGUUGCGUUAUAGUGCAAGAAAGUUUUGUAAACCGUAAACGUGCUUCCACGCCACUUCUUCUAUACAAUUAGUGCCACACCACCCAACCAUAUAACUUCUCACUCUCUUCCGACAACACUUGUUCCUAUAAAUUGUUUUUGUUCUUGUUAAUCCAGUUUUAUAUUUUUAAUAAUAAUUCACUCAUAAUUCAUGUCUAGACUCAUUUGUUUCCAUUCAAUUUUCCAGCGACUGGGGUCCACACUGCCGUAUGCCACCACUUGGACGGUUCUUUUAAUUCUUACUGCCGUGUUGGCGUCGUUGGCACCCGGCGUGGCCUUUAUGUUUGCCGUGUCACAAUUUUCGAAGCCUUGUAAGCAUCAUGAAUUUGUGAGGAUUCCGUUUGAUUCUCCGACGGAGAUGGUUUGCUUGCCGGGACGUGUGGUGGUUAGCGCCUCGCAGUUUGAUUUCUUCUUGCCUACUUUGUUUGCUGCUUUGGUUGUUUCUGCUUCAACUCUUCUGCUUCGUUCUGUGCUCUCUCCAUGAUGUACAUUUAUUUGUUCGUGAGUAUUUUAGAGACUAGAGUUCGACUGAGAAAUUAGUUAAGUUUGAUUAAAGAUUGAUUGAUAGUUUUAUACUUAGUUUGGAUUUUGUAUGCAUGAUUGUAGUGAAUUUAUUCAGGUAUACUCUUGUCCUGCCAAUUUAAGUUCACAUAUGAAACUACAA